AUGCUGCCCGCGCGCUGCGCCCGCCUGCUCACGCCCCACUUGCUGCUGGUGUUAGUGCAGCUGUCCCCGGCUCGCGACCACCGCACCACCGGCCCCAGGUUUCUCAUAAGUGACCGUGACCCUCAGUGCAACCUCCACUGCUCCAGGACUCAACCCAAACCUGUCUGUGCUUCCGACGGCAGGUCCUACGAGUCCAUGUGUGAGUACCAGCGAGCUAAGUGCCGAGACCCAACACUGGGUGUGGUACAUCGAGGCAGAUGCAAAGACGCUGGCCAGAGCAAGUGCCGCCAGGAGCGGGCUCAGGCCCUGGAGCAAGCCAAGAAGCCCCAGGAGGCGGUGUUUGUCCCGGAGUGCACGGAGGAUGGCUCCUUCACCCAGGUGCAGUGCCAUACUUACACCGGGUAUUGCUGGUGUGUUACCCCAGAUGGGAAGCCCAUCAGUGGCUCUUCUGUGCAGAAUAAAACUCCUGUAUGUUCAGGUUCGGUCACUGAUAAGCCUGCGAGCCAGGGUAACUCAGGAAGGAAAGAUGACGGGUCUAAGCCGACACCCACGAUGGAGACCCAGCCGGUGUUCGAUGGAGACGAAAUCACAGCUCCAACUCUCUGGAUUAAACACUUGGUAAUCAAGGACUCCAAACUGAACAACACCAACAUAAGAAAUUCAGAGAAAGUUCACUCGUGUGACCAGGAGAGACAGAGUGCCCUGGAAGAGGCCCGGCAGAACCCCCGCGAGGGCAUUGUGAUCCCCGAGUGCGCCCCUGGGGGACUCUAUAAACCAGUGCAGUGCCACCAGUCCACUGGCUACUGCUGGUGUGUGCUGGUGGACACCGGGCGUCCGCUGCCGGGGACCUCCACACGCUACGUGAUGCCCAGUUGUGAGAGUGAUGCCAGGGCUAAGAGUGCGGAGGUGGAGGACCCCUUCAAGGACAGGGAGCUGCCAGGCUGUCCAGAAGGGAAGAAACUGGAAUUUAUCACCAGCCUACUGGAUGCCCUCACCACUGACAUGGUGCAGGCCAUUAACUCAGCAGCGCCCACUGGAGGUGGGAGGUUCUCGGAGCCAGACCCCAGCCACACCCUGGAGGAGCGCGUGGUGCAUUGGUACUUCAGCCAGCUGGACAGCAACAGCAGCAGCGACAUCAACAAGCGCGAGAUGAAGCCCUUCAAGCGCUACGUGAAGAAGAAAGCCAAGCCCAAGAAGUGCGCCCGGCGUUUCACCGACUACUGUGACCUGAACAAGGACAAGGUCAUCUCGCUGCCCGAGCUGAAGGGCUGCCUGGGCGUCAGCAAAGAAGGACGCCUCGUCUAA